CCGCGGAGUUGCCCGGACCGGCGCCCCUCGGUCCCCGCGCCGCGCGCUCCCUUCCGCGUUCCGCCGCCGGCCCCACCUGGCGUCCCGGCCCGGCCGCUGGGGGCCCCGCGCCAUGGCCUGAGCGCCCGGGGCGCCACACUGACGGCGGCCGGCGGAGCGCGCCAUGCCCAGCAGGACGGGCCCCAAGAUGGACGGGAGCGGCGGCCGUGUCCGCCUGAAGGCGCACUACAACGGAGACAUCCUGAUCACCAGCUUGGACCCCGCGAUGACCUUCGAGGAGCUCUGUGAGGAAGUGCGAGAGAUGUGCAGUCUGCACCAGGGCCACCCCCUCACCCUCAAGUGGGUGGACAGUGAAGGUGACCCCUGCACCGUGUCCUCCCAGAUGGAGCUGGAGGAGGCCUUCCGCCUGGCCUGUCAGCGCAGGGACGAGGGGCUCAUCAUUCACGUUUUCCCGAGCAUCCCCGAGCAGCCAGGCAUGCCUUGUCCCGGAGAAGACAAAUCCAUCUACCGCCGUGGAGCCAGAAGAUGGAGGAAGCUGUACCGUGCCAACGGCCAUCUCUUCCAAGCCAAGCGCUUUAACAGGAGAGCUUACUGUGGCCAGUGCAGCGAAAGGAUAUGGGGUCUCGCGAGGCAGGGCUACAGGUGCAUCAACUGCAAACUGCUGGUCCAUAAACGCUGCCACGUCCUCGUCCCGCUGACCUGCAACAGGCAUAUGGAUCCUGUCAUGCCUUCCCAGGAACCUGCAGUAGAUGACAAGGACGACGUGGACCUUCCCUCGGAGGAGACCCAUGGAAUUGCUUACAUUUCUUCAACCCGGAAACAUGACAGCAUUAAAGAUGAUUCUGAGGACCUCAAGCCGGUCAUCGAUGGGAUGGAUGGAAUCAAAAUCUCUCAGGGGCUCGGGCUGCAGGACUUCGACCUCAUCAGGGUCAUCGGGCGCGGGAGCUACGCCAAGGUCCUGCUGGUGCGGCUGAAGAAGAAUGAUCAGAUUUACGCCAUGAAAGUGGUGAAGAAGGAGCUGGUGCAUGACGAUGAGGACAUCGACUGGGUGCAGACAGAGAAGCACGUGUUUGAGCAAGCAUCCAGCAACCCCUUCCUGGUUGGCUUACACUCCUGCUUCCAGACGACGAGUCGGUUGUUCCUGGUCAUAGAGUACGUCAACGGCGGGGACCUCAUGUUCCACAUGCAGAGACAGAGGAAGCUUCCGGAGGAGCACGCCAGAUUCUAUGCUGCUGAGAUUUGUAUCGCUCUCAACUUCUUACAUGAGAGAGGGAUUAUCUACCGGGACCUGAAACUGGACAAUGUCCUCCUGGAUGCCGACGGCCACAUCAAGUUGACGGACUACGGCAUGUGCAAGGAGGGCCUGGGCCCUGGUGACACGACAAGCACUUUCUGCGGAACCCCAAACUACAUCGCACCAGAAAUCCUGCGGGGAGAGGAGUACGGGUUCAGCGUGGACUGGUGGGCGCUGGGCGUCCUCAUGUUUGAGAUGAUGGCCGGCCGCUCCCCCUUCGACAUCAUCACCGACAACCCCGACAUGAACACCGAGGACUACCUUUUCCAAGUGAUCCUGGAGAAGCCCAUCCGGAUCCCCCGAUUCCUCUCCGUCAAAGCCUCCCACGUCUUGAAAGGAUUUUUAAACAAGGACCCCAAAGAGAGGCUCGGCUGCCGGCCACAGACUGGAUUUUCUGACAUCAAGUCGCACGCAUUCUUCCGCAGCAUAGACUGGGACCUGCUGGAGAAGAAGCAGGCCCUCCCGCCAUUCCAGCCGCAGAUCACCGACGACUACGGCCUGGACAACUUCGACACACAGUUCACCAGCGAGCCCGUGCAGCUGACCCCGGACGACGAGGACGUCAUAAAGAGGAUCGACCAGUCUGAGUUUGAAGGUUUCGAGUACAUCAACCCGUUACUGCUCUCCACCGAGGAGUCCGUGUGAGGCCGUCGUCUCUGUCGUGGACACGUCUGUGAAUGACCCCUAACUCUAUCCUUAACCACAGCGUAUGCAUGCCAGGCUGGGCGCAAGGCUCCGGGUGCCGCCAGGGAGGGGCGCUUGCCGCCGAGACCGCGGAGGGAGGCGUCCGGGGUGCUUCUCGGAGCAGAACAGUCUCGCGUCUGGGCCCGCGCGGCCGCUCCGUGCUGGAGGAAUUCGCUUCUUGUGCCUGCGUCGCGGAGGACCCGCGGUGACCGUGUCCGAGGGAGAAACUGUCCCAUGAUUUCGAAGGUGCACACUUUCCACAGAAACAGAACUCACCUGCUCCACCAGGAGAGUUAGCCUGUAAUGCCCCGAGGAAUAAAACGUACCGAUGAUGUUGAAGCUUCCCUUUGAUGCCUUUUUUCCGUGUGGCACCUGCGCAGCGUCGCAGGCACGACCCACACGUGAGGAGGAGGGGCGAGCGGUGUUGUGUGUGCGGAGGCUAGGCUGGGGCCGGGGGACUAAGUGCCUGCAGGGAUGCACUGCAACGAAGAAUUUUUACAAAUUCGCAACAUUUUCUAAAUCCCGGUAAGUUCCUGUUGUUAAUAUUUAACAAGUAUUUUCAUACUGAGCAUGUACGUAGCCGCUGUAGUCUAACGCUGAAGCCGGGUCCUGGCCGGUGCACUGGACUGCGAUGAGGAAAAUUGGAUUACCGAGGUUCUCAAACGUGGCUCACCCAGAGCACCAGGAGACCAAAAAAAAUUGAAAACUAAAUCUGCACAAAAUAUAUUUCUGAAAACACUAAGCAGUGCCUACAUGAUGUCUUGUGUUAUGUAUGAGAUUUUUGGAAAAUAUUUUUAUCAGGAAUAACAAUGCUCAGAAUUAGAAAAUUUAAAAAGCUCUAUAUAUGAUGGGCCCGAGCCUUAAAGUUAAUAAAUCUGGAACAGCCACACACGCCCUGCGUCCUCCCGACACAGCACGGCUCCUACUUCCGAGGGUCCGUGUAGGUGGCACGUGUCACUCGGUCACCCUCCUUCUUAGGUGAAGGGACAGCUUGAAAAACCAAACUGAAGGUUUUCUAGAAAGAGAAGAAUCACCUGGGUCUUUUCAGGUCCCUAACACGUUAGAGGUGGCAGGAGCCCAGGCCGAGCGCGGGAGGGGUCCCCAGCGUCCCUCGUGCGUGCGUGGCUACUUUGCCACCACCCCUCUGUGCUCUGUGACGGGCCAGGCUUGCCCCUGCCCCCACCCCGUGUGGUGCUGGUUAGGGGCAGAUUAUGGGAAGAGGAGUGGAGACGAAGGAGCUGCCGUGGCCAGGCCCGCCUUGCUGUAAGUCGGUGGACAAGCGUGGCCCCCGCUUCCCAGGGCUCACGCUGGGUUUCUCAGGGUUCAGCGCCAUGUUGGCGCCCACCAGGCCCCAACGCAGUCCCAGCCCCGCCCUGGGCCGCCCCCCUCCCCCCGCCGAGCUUGGCCCCUGGGUGGCAGAGCAGCUUUUAUGUAAUGUGGAGACCUAUCCCAACCAGCUCCCUGUGGUAAUCUGGCAGACUUGCCUCCAAAGACCAGAGUCAGAGCCGCAGAGCAGGGUCCAGGGCCACGCUGG